AUGGGUUCGGUUCACGAUGGAGCCACUGGCUCACAUUCCUCACCAUUAGAUCUCAUUGUGUUGGGCCUCAACUCUGGCACGUCCAUGGAUGGAAUCGAUUGUGCCUUGUGUCGGUUCAGACAAGCAACCCCCAAUGCGCCGAUGCAUUUUGAGCUGCUCAAGUAUGAUGAAGUGCCCCUGGAGCCGACCAUCAAGAAACGCGUCAUGGCAAUGAUCCUUCACAACACGACAUCGCCAGAAGAGCUUUCAGAAGUCAACGUCAUUUUAGGCAAGGAGUUUGCCCAGGCUGUCAAAAUCUUCUCCCAGAGACAUGACGUUCCACUCUCCUCAAUCGAUGCCAUUGGGUCUCAUGGCCAAACCAUCUGGAUGCUUCCUGGCGUCCAUGACGGGCAUCACGACAGUGACAGACUUCCGCGUCUCGGACCAAGCCGCCGGGCGCCAGGGAGCGCCUCUCAUUGCCUUUUUGACUCGCUCGUCCUGCAUCACCCGACCAAACUUCGCGCUUGCCAGAACAUUGGCGGCAUUGCCAACGUCUGCUUCAUCCCGCCGGACAAGGACGGCAAGCUCAACCCCGAGUUUUUCGACUUUGACACGGGGCCGAGCAACGUCUUCAUUGACGCCGCCGUCCGAUACUUUACAGACGGCCAGCAAGAGUACGACCAGGACGGCCGCAUGGGCAAGGCUGGCACCGUCGACGAGGAAAUGGUGGACAAGUUCCUCUCGUCGUUUUCGUACUUUUCCCUCGACCCCCCCAAAACAACGGGCCGCGAAACCUUUCGCGACACAGUUGCUCACGACUUGAUCGAACAAGGUCUGCAAAGAGGGCUUUCCCCCAACGACGUCGUCGCCACCAUCACUAGGAUCACGGCCAAAGCCAUUGUUGACCACUACAAGCGCUACAUGCCGACCGACUACGGCCCGCUCUGUGAGAUUUACAUGUGUGGCGGAGGUGCCAAGAACCCCAAUAUUACAGACUACUUGCAGGCUGCGUUUCCUGCAGCCAAGGUCAUGAUGCUGGACGAGGCGGGCAUUCCUGCCGAUGCCAAAGAAGCCAUCACGUUUGCUUGGCAGGGAAUGGAGGCCAUUGUUGGACGCAGCAUCCCCGUGCCUGACAGGGUAGCCACCAGACAGCCGUAUGUGCUGGGCAAAGUCAGCCCGGGGAAGAACUACAGACGAGUGAUGAAAAUGGGCAUGGAUUUUGGUGCUGGGCAAGACGAGCUGGAGCCUGUCACCGAGUUGGUACAUUACAUCGAUGGGAAGGUCUUUAGUAAUAAAUGA